AUGGUGUUCGAGGACGAUUGCGAGGUAAAACGCCAAACAGGAAGCUACACACAAACUGACCAGUACGAGCUAGAAGUGAAACGAUACAAAGUUAGUGAUCAUAGCGGCUAUACAGCAUCGUUGGAGAAUAAUGUGCAGAAAAUCGAGUAUCUAGAGAAAGACGAGGAUUUAUCCGUUUGUAGUGGUGGUAGUUAUCAUGGUUCAGAAUUUGAAGUUAAACUAGAGAUAGACGAGAAACUCGCCGAAAACAACGUAUUAGAACGUGAUGUAAAACGAGAUCUUCUAGCCAAUGUAAACGAUGAUUCUGAUGAAGAGAAUGAACAACAGUCUCAAAUGAAAAAUGAAUUUUUGGUACAGGAUCCUUUAAAUAAUUUAAACCAAACAGCUGAACAUGACGAUAUUUCCAAUCGGGACAAGUUUGAUAGAAACAAAAAACCCGUCAAUAAGGUCGACAGAAAGCAACUAUGUCCCAUCUGUGGGAAGCUGGUGUACGACCUGACGGACCACAAACUAGCACACACGAACGAGAAAAAGUUUACCUGUCCGCAUUGUUCAAUGGCCUACCGUCGUAAAGCAUAUUUGAAAUUUCACAUCGAAUCGGUACACCAAAAGAAGGUGGUUAGAACAUGUGACCUGUGUAAGCUGAAUUUCGCUUACAAAACUGGCUAUGAUGCUCACAUGCGAGCUCGACACAACAUUGGCAAAUGGUACGAAUGUAAACUAUGCAACCAAAAGUUUCGUCAUCCGGGUGGCUUGCGGAACCACAACAAUCGUAAGCACAAUGACGAAAGUAAUUGCGAGUGUCCUGUGUGUGGCGCAAAGUUUCUAGACAAAAUGGGAUUACGGAAUCAUAGCAGAGUGCACUCGAGCGAAAAAAAGUUUGCCUGUAAAUAUUGCCACAAACGCUUCCGAAGUCCUAAUGCACAUAAGGGACAUGAGCUAACCCAUUUGGGCGUUACUUUUCAAUGCCCUCACUGUCCGAAGUCUUAUCGUUACAAGCAAAAUCUCAAAAUACAUUUGUUGAAACAUGGCGGAAAAGAAAGUGGUUAG